CACCGAUCCACUUUUGUGCCAUCGGCCCCGGAUCGUUCAUGUGUUUACUUCCCCCGGCCCGAGGAUCUGCUCUCUGGGUUCCCGUGAAAUGCAACCGAGCGGCCAAAGUACUUUGAGAACACGGCAUAAACGCCAAAACUUUUCUGUGGAAGGAAAAGGCAAUAAGAAAGCUCGCUGCCCUUUGAUGCUGUGAGUGCUGGGAGUGAGUGUGUGGUGUGUGUGUAUUUUAUGUCCGCAUCGGAUCCAUGUGUGGGGGUGCAUGUGGUGUGUGUGUGUGUGUGCGUUUCUCUAUCCAUAGGGAGAAAAUGCUGGCCGACCGCCGGAAACCUCCUGGAAUUUAUUAGAAAAUAAUGGAUUACAACAAGAAGGGAGGAACGGAUCUUCCGAGUUGUAACUCGAUUUACCGCUGCUCAGUUUGUUGUGAGUCUUUUUUGUGGAUAGGCGUCUGAUAUUCCGACAGGACUUGGCCUUUCCCUUUUUUUUAGGGGGGGCUUUAGAGUUGGAGGAAAAGGAAACAAAUAACAACAACAAAAAUCCCCCUUCCCCCCCCCCCCCCUUUUUUCCUUCGGGAUCGCUGUGUCCAUCCAUGUGCUUGUUUUCUCCCCCGAAACUAUUUUAAUCCCGGCCCCGAGGAGGAGGUGGAUCGCAAAAGUUCUUCCGAAAGAGCGGGAUGGGGGAUUUUUCGGGCCCCUCGGCCAACGGCCUGUGCAUCAGUGGAGGCCUCGGGGUGAAUAAUGGGCCCGGGGUUACGGGUAACAAUCACCUCCCCGCUUCGGGCGGCGUCCCCAAGCACAGCACGGUGGUGGAGAGGCUCAGGCAGCGCAUCGAGGGCUGUAGGAGACACCACGUCAACUGCGAGAGCAGGUACCAGCAAGCCCAGGCGGAGCAGCUGGAGCUGGAGCGCAGGGACACCGUGAGCCUCUAUCAGAGGACCCUGGAGCAGAGGGCCAAGAAAUCGGGCGGUGGCACCAAGCAGCAGCAGCAACCACCACCACCACCACCACCACCACCACCUCCCACCAAGCAGCAUCAGCAGGAUGCCGAGGCCACCACGGCGGAGCAGAGGAAUCACACUCUCAUCAUGCUACAGGAGACGGUGAAGAGGAAGUUGGAAGGUGCCCGGUCACCACUUAAUGGAGAACAGCAGAACGGUGCCUGCGAUGGGAGCUUUUCUCCUACGAGCAAACGGGUCCGGAAGGACAUUUCUGCCGGGAUGGAUGCGAUCGGUAACUUGCCCAACAACAUGCCGCUGCCCUCUGCUUCUCCUCUUCACCAACUUGACAUGAAGCCCCCUUUACCCUCGCAGAACAGCGGUGCACACGCCCCGGGGCUCGUGGAAGAUUUGGGGAAGAACGGCAGACUUCCGGAGAUCAAGCUUCCCGUGAAUGGUUGCGGCGAGCUUGAGGAUGGCUUCGCCAUCUUGCAAAGCAAGGAGCUCAAGCAAGAACCUCUGGACGACCCCAACUGCAUAGACCCCUCGGAAACCUCCCUGUCAAAUCAAAACAAGUUGUUCUCGGACAUUAACCUGAAUGAUCAGGAAUGGCAAGAGUUGAUAGAUGAACUGGCCAACACUGUCCCCGAAGACGAUAUCCAGGACCUGUUCAACGAAGACUUCGAAGAGAAGAAGGAACCGGAGUUCUCCAGGCCGACCACCGAAGCCCCUCUCUCCCAAGAGAGCGUGAGCGUCAAGAGUGAUCCCUCUCACUCUCCCUUUGCUCACGUACCGCUGGGAUCCCCCCAAGUGAGGCCGUCUUCAUCCGGUCCCCCCUUUUCCAAUGUGUCCACGGCUUCUAGCGUCCCCUCGGUCUCCAGCACGCCGGCCGCUCCGGUCGCUGCUGGAUCACCAGCAAACUGCGCCGUCCAGUCUCCUCAGACCCCUAACCAAGCCCACACUCCCGGCCAAGCCCCAGCUCGAUCGGGAAACGGCUAUCUCAUCAGUGCGGCGGCAGCUGUAACGGGGGCGAAUUCAGGGCCCGGUCCGGGGACCGUUCCCACUGCCGACUUGUCUCCGGCUGAGCAGCUCAAACAGAUGGCUGCUCAGCAGCAGCAAAGAGCUAAACUCAUGCAGCAGAAACAGCAGCAGCAGCAGCAGCAGCAACAUCCAAAUCAAACAUCAAGCUGGUCACCUGUGGGACCUCCAUCCAGUCCUUACGGAGGAGCUUUCAGUGCAGACAAACCAAAUAGCCCAAUGAUGUACCCCCAGCCCUUUAACAACCAAAACCCCAUAGUGCCUCCUAUGGCCAACAACCUGCAGAAGACCACGAUGAACAACUACCUCCCUCAAAACCACAUGAAUAUGAUCAAUCAGCAGCCAAAUAACUUGGGUACAAACUCUUUGAGCAAGCAGCACAACGUACUCAGUUAUGGCAACACUAAACCCCUGACCCACUUCAAUGCCGAGUUAAGUCAGAGGAUGACCCCGCCGAUGGCCAACCCCAACAAGAACCCCAUGAUGCCGUACAUCCAGCAGCAGCAGCCGCAGCAGCCGUCCCAGCUCCAAGCUCAGAUGGCCCACCUGAGCGAGGAGCAGAAACGCAUGCUCAUCAUGAAGCAGAAAGGAGUGAUGAAUCCCUCAAUGGCCUAUGCAGCCCUUCCAUCCCAUGUCCAGGAGCAGCACCCAGGAGGACUCACCCGGACUGCGGGUGCCAUACAGGCCUCGGUCCCCCCGGGCUCCAGCGGUGUCGUCACAGGUGCCAGCCCCGGGGCUCCCAGUUUCCUGGCCAGCCAGCCCCAGGCGGCCAUCAUGAAGCAGAUGCUGAUCGAUCAGCGCGUCCAGCUCCACGCGAUGGAGCAGCAGAAGCAGCAGUUCCUCCGGGAGCAAAGGCAGCAGCAGCAGCAGCAGCAGCAGCAGCAGAUCCUAGCUGAGCAGCAGCUGCAACAGUCUCAUUUACCUCGGCAGCAUCUCCAGCAGCAGCAGCAACAGCAGCAGCAGCAGCAGCAGCAGCAGCAGCGAAACCCUUACCCAGUUCAGCAGGUCAAUCAGUUUCAAGGUUCACCUCAAGACAUAGCAGCAGUGAGGAGCCAAGCGGCGCUGCAGAGCAUGAGAACCUCCCGAAUGAUGGCCCAGAAUGCAAGCAUGAUGGGCCUGGGACCCUCCCAGAACCCGGGGACGAUGCCCUCGACGGCCCCAGCUCAGUCGGAGAUGGGAAUGCCCCCUUACAGCAACACAUCCACCAGCCAACCAGGAAUGUACAGUAUGAGCCCAGGAAUGAGCCAAAUGUUGCAGCACCCAAACCAAAGCGGCAUGAGUGUGACGCACAAUCAAGGCCAGGGCCCGAGGCAGCCUGCUGCCGGGCAGGGGGUAGGACUGGUGAGUGGUUUUGGGCAGAGCAUGCUGGUCAAUCCUGCCAUUCCCCAACAGCACCAGCAGCUGAAAGGGCCCGUCGCUCAGGCUUUGCCCAGACCCCAAGCCUCCCCGAGACUGCAGAACAUGAUGGGGAGUGUCCCCCAGGGAGCCCAAAGCUGGCCACAGAGGGGCUUACAGGGCAUGCCCGGCAGGACUAGCGGGGAACUGGGGCCGUUCAACAAUGGCACCGCUUACCCCAUGCCGGCUGGCCAGCCUCGGCUGACUAAGCAACACUUCGCGCAGGGGAUUAGCCAGUCGGUCGUGGACACCACCACCGGCACCGUGCGAGCCCUCAAUCCGGCCAUGGGGCGGCAGAUGAUGCCGUCGCUGCCCGGGCAGCCGGGGCCCGGCCAGACUAGGCCCAUGGUCCUGCCCGGCAUGAGCCAGGGGCUGGCUGGCCUGCCGGGGUUUAGCCAGGCUCCCGCCCAACAGCAGAUGCAAAGCGGCUCCUUCGCUGCGAGCGGCCAGGCCUACGACCGGACCCCCACUCAGGACAUGUCCUACAGUUACGGCGGCGGCGAGGGCGCCGGGGGCUCCUUCCCCAGCCUGGCGGAGGGGGCCGACCUCGUGGACUCCAUCAUCAAGGGUGGCCCAGGGGAUGACUGGAUGCAGGAGCUCGAUGAGUUGUUUGGAAAUCCCUAAGCCGAGUGCGACCCUCAGAGCGGAAACUCCAGGGGCGAAAGUGAAAAAAAAAAAAAGAAAACGGGAUGUUACCCCAUCCUUGUUUUGUUUUUUUUUGGUUUUUUUAACCCGCGCAAAUCGAGCUGGACGGCAGCCGGACGAUUGUGAUGGAGCCCAGUGGCCGACGACGACCUCAGUGGGCCGUGGUUCACAAGACUUCCGGGUGGCCGUGGUUCACAAGACUCCGCGGUAGACACCUGUGAGGGAUGAGAGAGACAAUCGGAGGGACAGGCUGGGGAAGUGAGCCCUCCCCCUCCCCUGCAUCCCUCAGGGGAGAGCCGGAGGCCUCCGUGAAGUGAGAGGGGUGCUGCCGCCCAACGGCGAGGGGUCCCUCCCGCCCCAAGGCCAGCUGGCCGCCGCUUUCGGAGCCCUCGCAAAGACAGAUGCUCGAGCUGGGGAAGGAAACCUACAGAAGCUGCUGGCCAGGAGUGUGGAUCAGAAACGUGCUGAACUCCGGGUGGGAACGGGUGCCGGGUUUGAAGCCGUACUCCUGCUACAGUUGAAGGACGGGGAAGAGGG